AAGGGGCUGUCCAAAUCAAUUUCAGUUCUUUUUGACUGAAACCCUCUGCAAGUUCUGCACGUUAAUUUCUCGAUGCUCAUUUCACCUUCAAACCCUCCACCAAUUAAGGAAGAUCUCCAGAUUUCAUAAUUCUUCAACAUAACCACUGAAAUCCAAUUCAUUUCCUAAGCACAUCUCGCUCAAUCUCACAAACUUUUCCUUCAGAUCAAACUCACUAUGUUUCCCAGAAAACCAAUCUCAAGAUUUGUCCUUUUCACCUUCACUCUCCUCCUAUUACUCACUUCCAAAAUCUCUGUCACUGCCGCUGAAGAUUCAGAAAUCGACACUGAAAAUGAUGAAGAAUUGGAGGAAUUAAUAGCAAUAGAUGAGCAAGGAGAAGAUGAAGAUCACCGACAGCAAGGAGACCAGCAAAAGGAGGCUGAGGUAUUGUCAAAGGCACAGAGGAUAGUUCUUGAGCUAAAUAGUGAUAAUGCCAAGAGGGUUAUAAAUGAGAAUGAAUUUGUGAUGAUUCUCGGAUAUGCACCUUGGUGUCCAAGGAGUGCCGAGCUCAUGCCUCAGUUUGCUGAGGCUGCUAAUAGGCUUAAGGAAUUUGGAAGUCCUCUUUUGAUGUCUAAACUUGAUGCUGAAAGAUACCCAAAAGCGGCUUCAACGCUUGACAUUAAAGGGUUCCCUACUCUGCUUCUUUUUGUAAAUGGAAGUUCUCAGGUUUACACUGGUGGAUUUUCUGCGGAGGAUAUAUUGAUCUGGGCUAGGAAAAAGACCGGUGCGCCUGUUAUUAGAAUACGCUCAGUUAUCGAGGCAGAAGAGUUUCUUAAGAAUUAUUAUAUGUUCAUCUUUGGUUUCUUUCAGAAAUUUGAGGGUCAUGAUUAUGAAGAAUUUGUAAAGGCAGCAACCUCUGACAAUGAGAUCCAAUUUGUUGAAGUGAGUGACCCAGGCGUUGCUAAAGUUCUCUACCCUGACAGAAAAUCUACUAAUUUUAUUGGAAUUGUUAAAAGUGAGCCUGAAAAAUACACUGCAUAUGAAGGGACCUUUGAGAUGGACAAGAUAUUACAGUUUUUGGACCAUAACAAGUUUCCAUUAGUUACCAAGCUAACUGAACUAAAUUCAGGCAGAGUUUAUUCCAGUCCUAUCAAACUUCAGGUUAUGGUCUUUGCAGAGGCUGAUGAUUUCAAAAAUCUUAUCCAGCCUCUUCAAGAGGUUGCUAGGAAGUUCAAAACACAGAUAAUGUUCAUAUAUAUAGACAUUGCAGAUGAAAACCUAGCAAAGCCAUUCUUAACUUUAUAUGGGCUUGAAGAUUCAGAAAAUAUCGCGGUGACUGCUUUUGAUAAUAAAAUCCAUUCGAAAUAUUUGUUAGAGGCGGAUCCAACUCCGAGCAACAUAGAAGAAUUCUGUUCAGCAUUUCUCAGAGGUAGUCUGUCACCGUACUUCAAAUCACAACCAAUACCUGAUAAUAAAGAGGCCGAUGUCCAGGUGAUUGUAGGAAAGACUUUUGAUGGCCUAGUGUUGAACAGUCCCAAGAAUGUUCUUCUGGAGGUAUACACACCAUGGUGCAUCAAUUGUGAGACCACAAGUAAGAAGAUCGAGAAGUUGGCCAAGCAUUUCAAAGGUUUGGAAAAUUUAGUAUUUGGAAAGAUAGAUGCUUCUGCAAAUGAACAUGCUAAACUGCAGGUAGAUGAUUACCCAACACUUCUAUUUUACCCAGUGGGUGACAAAGCAAAUCCGAUCAUGCUUUCAUCAAAAUCUAGCUCAAAGGAGUUGGCAGCAGUCAUCAACAAAUAUGUAAGAGCCAAAGAGCAAUCCACCAAAGAUGAAUUAUAGAACUAUAGCAGCAUAUGAGGACAUAAUCUUUAGCUAUAAAGAGAAGACAAGCUGGAUGAGAUUCUCCACAGAAUCCUGAAAGUAAAUUUUUUGAGGAAGUGGUGAAAGAAAACAUUACAAAAUCCUAAACUAAUCAAGUUUGCUCCAUUUGUUUGACAUUUUACAGAGUUAGAACAACAGCAAGCUGUGAUAAUAAAAGCAUACCUACUAUAUCUAUAGUUGAAAAGUAAAUGUAUGUAGGUCCCUGUAUUUUGAUCGUAUACUUGUCGGUAUGACACGGUAACAAGAAAAAGAUAUUAUUGUUUUA